GUUUUCUUUGACAUUUUUUCUUCAAUAAUGAUUUUCGUAGUUUUUCCGGGAUUGGUGAAUUGACAUCGUCGACACGAGUUGGUGACUGUACACAUAGUUUGUCGUUACUAACGCAUGUAGAACCAGUUCAUCCAGUGUUGCUGACAAGCUGGCAUCAUGUCAAACACUUCCAGUGAUACCGAGUCGUCAUGUGGCUGGAGCAUCAUUAGCAUGGAGGGUUCCGAUAUCGAGACUUUGGUGGCAGAUGGCACGGUGCAGCAUGGAGCCGAAGAGCGUCCAGCUCUUGUGCAACCAGAGCUGCAGGACUCUCAAGCUGCAUGUUGUGAUGACAGCUCACUGGAUGACACACUGGGAGAACAAACCAUGGACAGGGCAGCAUGGACCUCAGAGGCUGAUCCUGAUGACCCCACGAUGGAAGAGCAAGUCGCUGUGUUGUCCUUCAGCGACCACUCUGACAUCGUGACACUGCAGGAGCUGAAGGAAGACGAGCGUGACUGCGCCGAGCACACGCCGACUGCCGACGAGGGCUCCUUUAUGGGCACAUCGUGCAGCAGCCAGUAUGCAUUCAUCGCUGGAGACCCUGUUUUCCCAGCUACGCCGCAGCCUGCAGCCCCAAACUCCAGCAGCAGCGAAGAUGAGGCGGCACCAAACGUUGCUAUUCGAAGGCGCCGGUUGAGGAAGAAUACAACAAACACUGUGACAGAGUCCUGCGAGGAGGAGGAGGAGGAAGCCACGACGGUGGAGUCGGAGGAGGGAGAUGAGACGCAGCAGGGGCAGCAAAUUGCACUCAGACCAGAGACGCUGAGAGCGCAAAGCCAAGGCGGCGGAACCAUCAACUCCUGCAUUCUGCUCGCCCUCAUCAUCGCCCUCAGCAUUGGCUUCGGACACUUCUAUUGUACGGAUUCAGACAUUGAACUUGGCACCAUGCAAAUACAAAAGCAGAAGACAGAAGACAAAUUCCGGGAGAGAGAGCUCGACAGUCUAAGAAAUGUUCUUCAUGAUCAUGUCAAGAGUGACAGUCUGAGCCAGGAAGAUUGGGAUGAGCAGAAGCUUAUUUCAUUGCUCAUGCAAAAGAACAUGGAGUUCAGCGGCCAGCAGGCAUUUGUUCAGGUCCAACGAGAGGACCAGGCAAUGUUAGCAAGACAGAGGGAGGCUGAGAGCCUGGCAUUGACCACCACGAACCAGCAGCUGAAAAGCUCCUUGGAGCAAAAAGAGAAGUCCCUGUCUACCCUGCAGGAAGAAUUGAGGAGCCUGCAAUCCAGGAUUCGAGAUCUGGAGGUUAAGGGGGCGGCGGCCGACGCAUUGCUAUUGGAUAACCGGAGGCUGAAUGAGGAACUGGAGGGGGAGAAGGAGCUGAGGAAGAAGCUAGACAAGGAGAGGAAGCUUACACAUGAGGCAGACAAGGAGAGGAUGCUUACAUAUGAGACAGAGGCUCAGGAUCUCAGAUUGCAACUGAGGGAGCUGGAGAAGAGGCUAGGCUUUGAGCAGCAGCGCUCCGACUUGUGGGAGCGGCUGUAUCUGGAAACCAAAGAAGACCGGGCCAAAGGCGAUACGGAACCAAAAAUGCGCACGUCAGGAAUUGUGGAAGAUACGUUUGAUGCGGUCAAGAACUCCACUAAAGAGUUUGUCCACCAUCACAAACAACAGAUCAAGAAAGCCAAGGAAGUCGUGAAGGAAAACCUGCGCAAGUUCUCCGAUUCCGUCAAAUCUACUUUUCGCAAUUUCAAAGAUUCGGCCUCCACCUUCUUCGACAAGAUGACGAGAGAAGGUACAAACUACUAUGAAGAGAAAAAGUACAAGAAGAAAAAGGCUCAUUCCAAACAAGACGCCAACACCCGCAAACCAGGAGACCGAGUCCAUAAAGAACAAGGCCAGAGCGGCCCAAAAGGAUGCCGGGGAGUCUUUGACUGCGCCUACCAGGAGUCCAUGAGCAUCUUCAACAAAGCCACGGAGCCCAUACGAGCAGACGAGUUCCACCAGCUGCUGUGGAGCUACUUGCAGCGGGAAGUCCACCACUUCCAUCACUGGAAGGAACUGGAAAGCUUCAUCAACGGCUUUUUCCACAACGGCCUCUUCAUCCAUGACCGCAUGCUCUUCACAGACUUUGUGAGCAGCGUGGAGCACUACCUGGUCAGCAUGCCCGAGUACCACGGCCUCCACAACGAUGUCUUUGAAGACGUGGACGACUUCAUUUACAGACACCUCUUCGGAGAGGCGUAUGUCAAGAGCAACAGACAGAGUUUUGAAUCUCCCAGCGGACCUCUGGAACGACCAGACUCAAACUCCAAAGAGGAGUCGAGGACGAAGAAUCGAGGCCGUCGACAGCAGAGACAAAAAGCGCGGCAUCACAGCGAGCAAAGAAGCAGGCACAUGGCCGACGUCAAAAUCGAACUGGGCCCUAUGCCGUUUGAUCGCAAAUACUGAACACUUGUUGAUAGGUUGGAUAGUUGUGGUCGUAGAGGUAGUACCUCUUUAGUACCACUAUGCGUCGCUCUCGCCAGUUUGCACCAUGUUUUUAUGUUUUAACGCUACUAAAUGUCCGGGUGGUUUUCCAUCAGAACAAUUUCAGAUGCACUUUAUAUGAAUUGGCUUCGGACUGGGGUGGUUUUAUGUUCUGAAAAGAGCACCUGUGCUGGAGGGCAAACUAUGAAAGGCCACAACACAAAAUGUGCGUUUCAGCUGAACAAAUUGCUUUGCCGUUCUACUAACUACUAAAGAAGUCCAGCUUGCCUUCUUGGUGUUGGAAAAAAAAGAUUAUAAAUAAGCACAGAUGCUGGUUUUUUUUGUCCAAUAUAGAAUUACAAUGCUGUUAUGUACUCCAAAUAUUGUUAAGGCUGGAGAAAGUGUACAUUUGUUGACCUUUACGGAAGGUGGCAAGAUCAGAUUUUUGGGGGUGCUGCACAAACAUCUUGAAGAAAUCCCUUAAAUUGUGAAGGUUGUGGGUUUUUUUUUUUUUGGGGGGGGGGUUGCUUUUAACUGUAGCUACAGCUCCGUAUCUUAACUUUUUAUGGUCUCUUCCUGGAAGUGUGAGGUUAUGUUAUCUUAAUUAAAAAAAGAUUUGCAGCUCAGCUCAAGCUAUUGUAGGGAAAACAACUGGAAUAUGGAUUUGAUUUGGAGCCCCAAGGACAUGUUUGUGAUGAUGCAAUUGCUUUCAGAUUGAUGCUGUUCUAACAUUCCUUUUGUUUUCUUUGAUGUGCAUCUAAAAGGCAAAAAAAAGAAAGACAACUUCACACGAGUUUUAUGUGUAUAAAAUAUUUCUGAAGAAACGUUUUCACCAUACAGCGCGUAAAAUCAGACGCAGUCCUUCGGUUGUCAGUGCCUUACAUAAAUAAAGAUUCUUCCUUCAUCAUCUC